UUGCAGACAACACUUUGCAGUGAUCAAAUUAACAGCGAUGAAGACUUACAUUUUGAGAAUAUGGUAUAUGCUUGUGCCGAUAAUACGGCUGAAUACAGCUGAGGAUUUCCAAUGGACAAAGAAUAAUCCUGGCUCUUUCUAUUAUGGCACUUUUCCAGCUGGUUUUUUAUGGGGUGUUGGAAGUUCGGCAUACCAGACUGAAGGGGCCUGGGACAAGGAUGGGAAAGGACCAAGUAUCUGGGAUGCUUUUACUCACAAGAAAGGGAGAGUGUUUAGAAACGAAACAGGAGAUUCAGCAUGUGAUGGCUACUACAAAGUUAAGGAUGACAUUCAGUUACUGAAGGAGUUGAAAGUUAAUCACUAUCUAUUCUCUAUCUCAUGGCCUCGGAUUAUGCCCACUGGCAUCAAAAAGCAAUUGAAUGAGAAGGGAAUACAGUUCUACAAUGAUACAAUUAAUAGUCUUCUGGAAAACAAUAUUACCCCUAUCGUGAGCCUCUACCACUGGGAUCUUCCACAGGUUCUCCAGGAAAAGUAUGGUGGCUGGCAAAAUAUAAGCAUGAUAAAUUAUUUUAACGAUUAUGCAAAUCUGUGUUUUGAGAAGUUUGGCGAUCGCGUGAAACAUUGGAUUACUUUUAGUAAUCCUUGGGCAGUUGCUGAAAAGGGUUAUGAAACAGGAGAACAUGCACCAGGACUGAAGCUCGGUGGAUGCGGAGCAUACAAAGCAGCACACCAUAUAAUUAAAACUCAUGCAAAGGUAUGGCACUCUUACAAUAACACAUGGCGUAGUGAGCAGCAAGGUAUGGUUGGAAUUUCCCUAACUAGUGGCUGGGGUGAACCUGUGGAUCCACAUAGCCAAACAGAUAGAGACGCUGCUGAAAGAUAUAUACAGUUUCAUCUGGGAUGGUUUGCAAAUCCAAUUUACAGAGGAGACUAUCCAGAAAUUAUGAAGAAUUAUGUAGGUAGGAAGAGUGCCCAGCAGGGCCUGGGGACAUCAAGAUUACCAACUUUCUCAGUGCAAGAGAAAACCUAUAUUAAAGGGACAUCGGAUUUCCUGGGAAUAGGUCAUUUUACUACUCGUUAUGUUCUACAGAAGAGCUUUCCCUUUCUACAAGUGUCCAGUUACCACACUGACCGCGAUUUGGCUGAACUGGUGGACCCAAAAUGGCCAGCUCCAGGACCAAAAUGGUUAUAUUCUGUGCCAUGGGGAUUCAGAAGAUUACUCAACUUCAUUAAGACACAAUAUGGGAACCCUCUCAUUUAUGUGACAGAGAAUGGAGUUUCUGAAAAGGUACAGUGUACUCAACUGUGUGAUGAAUGGCGGAUAGAGUAUCUGAAAGGAUAUAUUAAUGAAAUACUGAAAGCUCUAAACGAUGGUGUUAAUGUCAAAGGUUAUACUGCCUGGUCACUGCUGGAUAAAUUUGAAUGGAACAAAGGCUUCUCUGAAAGAUUCGGAUUUUAUCACAUUGAUUUUAGAAAUAAGAACAAACCACGAUACCCAAAGGCAUCUGCUGACUAUUAUAAAAAGAUUAUCAGCGCAAAUGGAUUCCCAAAUCAAAGAGAGGUGGAAAAUUGGUAUCAGAAGGCCAUGGACACUUGCUCUACCACACACCAACUCCGUGCUACAGAUUCCCUGAUUACUCACAUGGAAAUGGUGACAGAGAUUGUUCUUCCUACAGUUUUCACGCUCUGCAUACUCAUCAGUAUUGUCCUACUAAUAUUCUACCUUCGAAGUCAUAGUUAA